AUGUCAACAAAGAAAUAUGAAGACUCCCCAAACAUCUUCAUCUCCGGCUACAUUGGUGGCAUUGUCCCUAAGCAAAAGGGUCUUGAGAUAGUCGGCUCUGAAUUGGUCAAUGCUCUGGCCAGUCUGGCCAUCUGCACAGUAAUUGGCAUCUACUUGGUGCUGCUGCGUGAGUUUUUUCUCGCCAAUGUGGUCAUAAAGCGCGCUCACCCACCCGGAAUAAGCUAUGAUGAACGAAUCGGUGAAAUAGUCAAUCGAGACGUGAUCCAACUUAACCCAACUGGCCUGGUUGACGUGCUCAUGUUCAACCCACUUUUUGAGGAUAAAAGGACUGAAAAUGACGAGCUGGAAAAACUCGCGAAUGUUCAUCCGAAUGUGAUGUUUAUGCACGUCUUUUCCACACUGCUCCACUUGACUCUAAGCAACGAGAGCCUACCAAAGUCGGCCUCAUUCAUGUGCAAGUGCAUCUCAGGCCUGGAAAACCUCAUCCGGACUAAGUAUCCAGAAAUCGCGAAAGAGGCAAACAUCACUGUGGAUAGCCUAGUAGCUGGCAAAUCGGGCAGCGCCGAUGACCUCAAGGAUGUUAAAGACGAUUCUAAACCAACGAUGCCGAAGACAAAUAUAUAA